AUGCAGGUGCGUGAGAAGUAUUGUUCUAUUGAGGAAAUAUCUUGGAGUGAUGCGUCAGAUGAGGUAAAAGUUGAAAUCUUGAUUGCAAGAUUUGAGGAUGGAGGAAGGCAAUUUUCAGAAGAUCCUCUUCUAGUGUUACUCAAGAAAUGGCCAGCAAGUGAAACAUUUUCUGAUAAUCCAAGAUUAAUAGAGGCAGAGGUAUGUUUUAAACUGUUGUUACAUCAAUUUUGAAAUUGGUGGUAAUCCUAGCAAUCUGAUUGGCUCUCAGUAGCGCCAUUAGUUAGGAAUCGCAUUGAAAUUGCUAUACAUUGCAUUUUUCCUCAACCAGUGAGAAUGGAACAAUUGAACUCAUCUAAUCAGAUUUCAGAUUACAGCACAGUGACUAGUUUGAAAAUUGCACUCUUUUUUUAGUUUAUUAUUAUAACUGUUGGAUCAAAAAGAUAUUGGUGCUUGCCAAUGAUAUAAAGUGGAAAAUUUAAACGUACCUGUAUUUUUCCACAAAUCAUUUGGAUCCAUUGUGUGCUCAUUAAAUUUUUCAAUCAUGCAUUUGAUUUCAGAUGGGGUUGUAACUUCUCCUUACAUAUCAAUACAGUAGUGAGUGAACUGGUGAUGAGAAUAGACAUUGUUUAUCAGCUCCAUGGUGUUAUCUGAAUAGAAAACCAAAUUCUCUCAACUUAUAUUUAUGAAAAUGUUCACCCUCUGCAUGGGAGAAUCUCACAUCCGAAUUUAGUAGUUAAAAGUGGUCAUUAUGUUUCUCUUUUUAUACCCAGAUAAAUCGUCUGGUCAAAAUAAUUUUCUGCAAAGAUGAAGCUAAGAAAUACAAGUUUUUCAAAGACAAAAAAGAGCUGUCGUGGAAGACACCACUUCACCUGGUUGCAGAGUUAAACUUCACGUCUGUGGCACAAACUAUUUUAAGUCACUACCCUGGACAGCUGUACAUAACAACAAAUCCACAUGCAGGAAAUGAUAAUAGCAGAAGCAUUCCUCUUAAGUUGGCAUUGAAACGACGCAAUGAUGAAGUUUCAACUCUGAUGAUAGAGCACAUGGGAUCUGAAAGGUAUUGUGGAUCAAUAUCAGUAUCAGGGCAACUGCCCACCUACCCCUCCCCUAACCCAACAUUAACCUUAACUUGUUGUCAAUUGACUGUUGUUGAGUUAGGGGAGGGGUAGGUGGGCUGUUGCCCGGAUACUGAUAUUGAUCUGGUAUUGUUAUACAAAAAAUUAGUCAUGAUUGUUGUUAUUUAGCUGCUUGGAUUAGUUUUUUAACUAAGUUAUAGAGGUAGAUAUAAAUGUUUUUUUUUUCAUAUUCCAUAGGGUCUUGAGGUUGUUCUCAGAUAAUGUCUAUGACAUCCCUUUGAGCUUUCAAGAGCUUGUGAAACACCCAAACAUGAAGGUAGGUAUUAAGGAUAAGGAAAAAGCCUUGUUGUUAAAACUCCUGACAGCAUAUUUUUUUGUUUUGUUUUUUUUGUUUGCUCACUUGUACUUGGAAGGAAUCACCAUAUUUUCAGGGGCAGGAAAAUCAAAAAUGCAACUUGGGCUUAGUCUUCCUUAACCCUUUAACUUCCAAGAUCUCAUUAGUAAUUCUCCUUACUGUCUGCCAAAUGAUUCUCAUCAUGUAAGUUUGGAGAAUUUGGUAUUGGAUCAAUUAGAAAUCCCAUGAUUGAUAUUUUUCUUUAUUCUCAUCACUUGUCUGCUUGAUAUUGUAUAGUUAUACUAAGGAGAAAUUCCGUCUUGGUCACUCACGGGAGUUUAGGGGUUAAGUGAUUUCCUAUGGAAAUAUAUUGAAUAAUUCCGUUCUGUAGAUAUUAAUAAGAAAUUAAUAAAUUAUGAAUAAACCCACCCAAACCAAGCAAAGACAAAAAGAGGAGUUUUACACUUAAAAGAAAGUCUAUACGGUAUCCAGAUCAACAACUUCUUGACCACUGGAAAUGAACUCUAUUUUAUUACUUUUUGGCUGCAAAUUAAGAGUCUUGUUAUCUCAUUGUCAGUGAUGUAACCCAACAACCUGUUCCACCACUGCUCCUCUCUCCUACCCCACCCAGUAUUCUCUCUCCCCUCCCCUCCCCUUCCCUCCCUUCAUCCUGUACUAAAGAUGGAGCUCUUUGAAGUGUGGGAGGUUCAUCUUGCAUAUUGAGCAAGGUGCAUACUUUUAAAAAAAUUAUUUUUUAUCUCCGCUUUUUGAACACAGGCCCGAGCUGUUCAAAUGAAAAAGUUCUAUCACAUUUUAUUUGCCAAGCAUGAUCCUAAUAAAAAGAUUUAAAAAGACUAGGAACUACACUGCAUAUUUUGUUCAACCAAUUUUACGCUACGGUUGCUGUAUCGUUGGCACCGAGCCCCGAAAAAUGUUCGUCCCUGCGUUCUGGUUUUGAAUUACCGGAAUUAUAUCCUCUACUCAGACUGGUCAUAUAAUCUUCUUCUUUAGAAAACUGUUACAGCUGUCCUCAACUGUAUGAUCAGUCCUGAUUGGCGACAUUUACCCAAAUUCAGGGAGGACUCUUCUUUGGAAAUGAAGAAGGACAUCGAGCUUGCUUGGAGCUCAGAACCGAGCGAUCCAAUCAGUUAUCAAUUUUCCUACAAAAUCUUGGACGGUGAUGAAAGCGGCAGAGACCCCACACAUGAUGAUUUCGACUGGAUGUCAAAGUCUUGCCUGUUCUUGAUCGCGAACAGUGGAAAUAAGGUAAAAUAACCGGCUCGCUUCUACGUUUUGAUAAUCCUUAGAAAGUACGUUUUGAGCUAAUUGCAUUUGAUUGACGUAUCAUAUUAUUUAACUGACACAGGAAGCCAUUCAACAUCCAGUGGUUCGACGACUUGUCAAAAGGAAAUGGAUCCACUAUGGUCAUUUUUGGUUCAGGUGAGAUAAUUACAACAUACCGGUCAUUAGAGCUUGGCAAAUAUGUCGUGUUCAAGAACACACCAUUAUAUUACCGCACGUUAAGGAGCAAUGCCUUAUUUAUUCAAAAUCAUAAUUUGCAAACCGCGAUGAUCUUCUUUAUCGUGAAGUAUCUUGGGUUAGUUCCUUUCUAGAUUUUUCGCUGUUUUUUUAGUUUGAGUUUCUUUGUAGGCCGUUGAAUGCGUGGAGGAACCCCUUGGGAUAGCAAUCAAACAAAAUAAGUAUUGAUGGGUCGUAAGGGAACAAGGAUGUUUGAAAUUGGAUGACGUUGACUUGGAUUAUAGAACAGGUUUUCUUUUGUCUCCAUCAGUGACGUUUACCUACCUCCCCUGGAAAACACCAAAAGCCACGCCUAUUCGAUAAGCUAUGAACAGUAGGAGCAAUGUCUUUAAAGAUAUACAAGCCGUGGACUCAUCACUUGCUUUUGAACUUUUUCUUCCUCAGUGUUCAGACCGGUCUGUACCUAAUUUUCCUCUUGCUAUUGUCGUUCUCGUUGCUUUACGGCGCAACUAAAUCAGACCCAACAAAAUACCAGGGAAGUGCGGACGGGCUAAGAAUGAUCUGCGAGAUUUUUGUUGUCGUGUGGAUUGCGGCCUACAUUACUGACGAGGUUAACGAAAUCGAAAAGUAAGUACAUCAUCAGUUCUUACAAUUUUUUUUUCAUGUUCUUUCGAUCGCGUUUGGGAUCGUCCGUGCAAUGGUAAAGUGAAGAAGUUUCUAUUUUUGGUAUUUUUCUCAGACGAAUAAGUCUCACUAUGAAAGACAGACCUCUUUUGAGGUCCGCACAGUAAGUCACGGACCAAGGUUUUCCCGCUCUAUGGUUCAAGCGAAGCACGCGGGCUAUAACUUCGAGUGGAAAAAACAAGGUUCGGUAACUUUUAGUACGGACAGAAAAAACGAAAUUAGUGAGAUAUUUAUUAUUUCUCUGAGCUUAAAUAGAGGGGUAAGAUUUCAAUUCAAACUUUUGAAUUUAGCGGACUGUAAAGUUAAAUACUGUAAUACCAUCCCUGAUAUCCAUUUGAUUACGGCAUUUUCUACCUUUUUUCUUUUCACGAGCUAAGAGGCUGAGCUAAGAAGUUUUUCCUUGUCUCGUUCGUCUUGUAGGAAACGCUGGAGUUACUUGAAAGUUCCACAAGUUUACUUCAAUCUGUUUGACUGGCUUGGAUUGAUACUAAUUCUGUCAGUAAUUCCUCUUCGAUUUUCACGGCAUGAAGGCCAGUGGGUUGUCGCCUCUGUGGGCUUUAUAUUCAACGUCCUUCGGCUUUUCAAGUAUUCUUGUGUAACCAGGUAAUUUUAUGUUGUUGAUAUAACGCGUUCUUCGUACAGGUAUUUUAAAACCAUAGCCGGAGUAAUCAGAGCGGCCAAUCAGAAGAAAGCCGGUGAACAUCACAAGAAAACCAAUGAGAAUUCGAAGUACAAACAGGCAAGCGACCUCAAACGCGGGAAAACGCGGGUGGCUAAGUCGCAGUGGGUUUGAGCUUUCGAUCUGAUUGGUUGAGAGGAAGGCGUGAACUUAUUAAACCAAUCAUCGAGGAGCGUUCGAGCUGCAAAAGGGUAAUAGAUCCGAAGCGCGGGAAAACGCCAGUAGUCUAGUCGCGAUCUGUUUCAGCUUUCCAACAGAUUUGUUAAGAUGAUGAUGUGAGUUUUUUAGACCAAUCAUAGGGCGAGUUACGCAAUGUCAAAUGAAUGCAAGGUUAUUUGCGACUCCCAAUUAAAAAUUGCUCUGUUUGCUUUCAUGUUUUGUAUGUGUUUUGUAGGGCAACCGGACUGUAUACAAAGACGCUAGCCAGGAUUGUGUACCGUGAUAUUACUCGCUUCAGCUGCGUUUUUCUCGUCGUAUUCUUGGCUUUUUGUGGAGCGUUUUUCUUAUCCUUACGUGUGACAAGUGAUGUCAAAGUCUUUGGGUAAAUAUAUUAGCUUUAUGUUUGCGGAUUUUCCUUCUGCUUGUAUCAGUUGAAGUUAGUAAAGAGGACGAGUCGUAAAUUAACCCAGAGCUGCACGAGUACUCGUCGUACUCACGCCGAAGAUUGUUUCGCCGAAUCUAAUAUGCUAGUAACCUUCGUCGAGUUACCGAAGAUUUUACGAUUCUUUUACCCACCAAUUAGCGUUGCACACGUAUUCACGUCUAUGCCGAAAGUUGUUAUGUCGGGUCUGUAGGUUCGUUAUGUUGCCCUGUAACCUUUGUAAAGAAAAUUUCAGGUCACUAUCUGCCUUGGGGCUUGUAAUCCAGCUGGAAAACUGGCAUUGCUCUUUCUGGUGCAUGCGUCAAUUAGGCGUUCCAUUUUUGACGCCAAGCGUGCAAAGUUGAGCGUCAAAUGUAAUCGUUUGAGCUUUGUGAUUUUCAUUAUUCUUUUUUUUAUUUAGUGGUUUUGAUAUGGUUAUGUUGAGUGGUGUCAGAGCUUUCGUGGAACAACAGCCGGCUGCAGACGAUUAUACAAAAUUCAAGUAAGGUUUAAUUAAUUUUGAAAACUCGUGUGAAUGGCCAUAUUUUAGUGUUUCACCCCUAGACCACUAAGUUAGAACCACACUGCACAGCGCAGAUUCCUCUUGCUAACCGAAUUCCGCGCUCUCUUUUAUUAAAUUGGUUAAUUGGUUAAUUGGUUAAUUAUUAAAUUUUUAUUAAAUAUUGGUCUAUAAAUCUGAGCGGACUAAAAAACAGGGUACCGAGGUUAGUAAAAUAUUUAUUUUAUCUCUGGGUUCACAUUAGAAGGGGAAGAUUUAAAUUCAAACAAACUUUUGGAUUUAGCCGGCUGUACAUUGAAAUACGGUCACGCACUCAGAGUUACUAGCUCGGUGUAGAGUUCUCCUCGGUGAAAAUUAAGAUGUUAUUUUGUUUUCGUCAUCAGAUGGCUUCCACUGUUUGUUCUUCUGACGUACAUGAUGGCUGUUAUGGUGAUACUUCUUAACAUUUUGAUCGCUCAAAUCAGUAGUACCUACUGUGAGGCUAAGAAGAAUGCCAGACUCCAGUAUGAUGUGGACAGAAUGCUCAUUAUUACAAGACUAGAACACAGCAGAUUCCACAAAUUCGUAAGUUUGUUAAUUUAAGACUUUGCCUAGUUUCUCUGCAUCGCUUAAAGUUCUUAUGGUAAUGCUUUAAUCCAUUUGCGCAAUUUCUAUUUUUCUUUUAAUACAAGUAGUCUGAUGAGGAUCCUAGCAUAUGAAAUUAUUGCUGAGUAGAGUAUACCUCCCAGUAAUAUUUUUCCUUAGUUACGCAAAACAAAUGUAUGUUCCCUCUUCACGUGCUUAACGCGACUUUGUUCUCAAAUUUUGCUACUGUUAGCCGUGAGCGCAGAUCUAUGAACUUUUUCCCGCGCUAUGGAUAACAUGCGUAGUCGUUAAUAUUCUGGCACUUUACGAAGGAAGUCCUGGUCCUACAUUUUCCUUCGCCUGGCAGAGGGACGCGGCAUAACAUAAAUUUUUAGCACUUUGUGAAACAAAGCGAGCUGCGAAUUUUCCUGCUUAAUGCAUAGGGCCAUGACAAGUUUUUUUUCCGUAAGUGUGAGAACUCACCACAGCGCUGGCUUGCACAUCCCUUUCACGUUAUGCAAAGGUUUGCUCCGUCCAGAUUAAAUAUUUGCUUAUGUCUUCUUGUUAUUUUACAGAAUCUGCGGCUAAAUUACUAUCAGGAGGAAGAAAUUAUCGACGAGAUGACUCUGGCAAAAGGUAUAAAAUACACAUAACGUUAAGAUAAAUAAAUUCACGGAACAACAAAAAGCUUACACAAGUUCCGUCGCAUCGACAUUUUAUACACACUGUCUGAUAUAACCAGAAAAAAUAGUCUUGACGUCAAAGAAAUCCCAAAAUAAUAGCUCAACAUAGAAGAAACUGUUUAAAGAAUUGGGAAUAAGUGUAAAAGAAACCAAGAUGGUUUGAUUUUAAAACAAUGAGAGUAGGUUGACGUACAGUGGCUAACUUGUGACUCACAAAUGAGUUCAGCAUCGUUUGGACUAUUGUAGCUGACUGUAUAUAACAAUCAAUGACGUAUGAAACCAACAGUAUCCGCAUACUUUCCUUUGUUAAGCUUUCUGGAGCAAGUCUCUGUUUUAAAUUGUGACUUUAGUAAUUUAAAGGAAAGAAAUGGUUAUUCAUGUUCAAUGACAGAUCUCUUAGAGUACAAUGAAGACAGGUCGCCGUGGGAGACAGUUGAGGAGAAACUGGAUGAAAUCAGGUUUGUAACCGAAUAUUUUGUUCUCAUGGGAAUUAUACUUUAGACAUUAUGGACUUUAAAAAAAAUUGUUUUGGUUUUGUCUGUUUCUUUUCAGGGCUAUCAUGCGGAAGAUCAUUAAGCGAAUACCUUUACAAGAUUAAGAUAAAGAGAGAUGAUGCGCUAGAAGAUUGAACUUAAAGUGCACAAGAACGUAAUCAGCUUCUUUGAUCGAAAUUUAAACAAUUAGAACAAAUUGCAUUUCGAAAAACGUAGUUUAAAGAAAGGUGUUUUUAGUUUUGCCACAUGAAAAACCAAAAAACAAAGAUAAAAUUCUGAGUUCGAACCCCAGGCCUUCAUACUUUUGACUGCGGUGUUCUGCCACUGAGCUCUCAAGAACUC